AUGUCAAGCACUGCCCAAGUCAACUCGUUGUUGUUCGUCGCCGUGGAACUUGAGCCGAAGGAGUUCAUCGCCUCUUUCCCUUCGAGCAUGGGCCUAUUAGGCAAGUCCAUCAUCAUUGAUCUGCCUUGCUUCCACCGCACCACCUCCAUCAUGUUGGACCACGUAUUCAUUCGCUCUGUGCCAGUCAGUGUCAAGUUCCCUAUGCUUGAGAGGUUGUCCCUAUUACACUGUAAUGGCAACCUCAAUGCCUUGCUCUCAUGUUGCCCACGGUUGUGCACCCUCCUCCUCAGCGGCAUUUUAUUCGAGACAUGCGAUCUAAGGGUGAACUCGUCAUCGCUCCAGGAGCUUGUUGUGAGGCCCUUCUCAAUAGAACGUGUCAACAUUAUAGCCCCCAUGCUUAAGAAACUGGAGAUUCUCUUUACCGUGAUGUUGGAGGUCAACAUUUCGGUGUUUGCACCAAUUAUGGAGAAGGUCUGGUUGUACUGCUACUACACAGAGGAGUCGAUUGUUUUUUAUCUUUGGUAUCUCGAGUUGCUAGGACCGCAGGCGGCAGAGAGACAAGGACAACUCCCUCUACUGCAUAUUCGUGCAAAACUCGUCACUUUUCUCCGAUGA